GGUGGAGUCGGAGAAUUUUGCAGAGCAAAGAGAGUUUUACGCCCGCUGGAGUUUGACAAAGCUGAAGGAGUGGCAUUGAUCCACAUCUUUGACCUUCUCGCUGCAGUUUCUGUUCGUGAUCAUGGAUGAUUUUGUCCGUAAAAAAUUAACUGAAUGGGGUCUACGCGAGUGGAUAGAAAAAUUUAAAGAAGAAGGCCUUACCAAGGAAAGUUUUUACUCUCUAGAGGAUCAAGAAAUUGCUGAAUUGAUCCGGAAAGUGGGACCACGGUCCAUUUUCAAGAAGAGACUGAAGUUGCUAAUGGAACAAAACACAUCAAAUCCAGAUACAUCUGACGCGUCUGCUCAAGUCAUUCCGUCCACCAGUGGAACAAGUAAUGAAGGAAAGAGAAAGUCUGAUCUCCAGGGCGAGUCCAAUCAACAGCAAUCACCGACUAAGAAACAACGUCUUGCCAAAGGACCAGGAGCCUACUCAGAAGAAAUCAUACAGGCUCAUGUGAAAGAGAUAAUGGGAUGUGUCCUAAAGAAAAUACCUCACCAAGGAAUCCUCCUGAGGAGUAAAAUCUGUGAUUUGAAGACGGAGAAGAGGGAGGUAGUCGGUGUCUUUGGCAAAACCGGAGCUGGAAAGAGCUCUUUGAUAAAUGCCGUCAUUGGAUUGAACAAGUUCUUGCCCUCUGAAGGCAUCAGGGCAUGUACGUCAGCCUUGAUUAAAGUGGAGGCUAACAUGCAGAACUCAAAGUACGAGGCAAUCAUUGAGUUUAUUACAAAAGAGGAGUGGAAAUAUGAGUUGUGGUGCUCAAAAAACUUCCCGCGGGUAAAUGAGGAAGAUGACACAGAAUAUAGGGACAUUGUUGUAAAGCUGUCAGCGCUGUAUGGAGAAGACUGGAGAGAGAAAUCUCCUGAUGAUCUCAUGAAUGUCAAAUAUUUCAGAGAGAUCCCAGAAUUUCUCCAUUCCAAGAAGAAGAUUUUGACAGCUGAUGAAGCCAAAGAGCUACCUGAAAAAUUCAUGAGAUACACAAGAACCAACCCAGAUGACACAGAAGACAAAGGCGUAAAGAGGUGGUAUUGGCCGCUAGUGAAGUGUGUGACCAUCAAGGUGCCAAACACUGAUCUUCUUAAGCAUGUCACACUCGUGGAUCUUCCUAGAAAUGGGGACAGUAACAAGAGCAGAGACAAGAUGUGGAAAACGGUGGUUGGAAGUUGUUCCACUAUCUGGAUCGUGACUGACAUUAACCAAGCUGCAUCAGACAAAGAAGCCUGGGAUAUCCUGAAGGAUGCCUGCAGAUACAUGGGAAAUGGUGGCCAGUGUAAUCAGAUUCACUUCAUCUGCACACAGUCUGAUCUUCAUCCAGAUCCUAAAGAUACUUCAAAAGCUGGUAUUCAUGCUUUCAUCUUGAAAAGAAACCAUCAAGCCAAAAAAGAAGUGAUAAAAGAAUUUAACCAACUAAAGGAGGUUAAGAAACACUUCAGUGAGGAAAGUUUCAAAGUCUUCACAGUGAGCUCCGUAGAGUUUCUGAAUCAGAAAUAUCUAAAUUCCGAACAAACUGAAAUACCCAAACUUCAGAAGUUCCUGCAGGAGCUCAAUGACUGUCACAAAGAGACGUUGAACUACGUGUCCGGAGCCCUCGGGAUCCUCUCUCUGAUUCAAGGGGCCAGCCGCAGAGGACGGGCUGAGGUAAAGAAAGAUGUGUGCACAACCCUUGAAAUAAAGAUGAGAGAUGAACUUGAUAAAGUCGGGAAACAAAUGGAAGAAACUUACCAGGCUUUUCAAAGUUCCCUCACUGAGGGAGUUGAAAAGUCUGAACGUUCCUGUGAAGACACCUUGAAGUCGGUGAUAUACCCUAGAGGGCCAGGAGGUGGUUUCCACAAGACACUGAAGUCUUUAGUAAAGCACAACGGCAUCUACUACGCAGAAAAAACAAAUCAAGAAAAGAAGAAACAAAUAAACCUGAACAUGGCGUUAUCUUCAUACCUGACUGAGAGCAUCGAUGAGAAAUUCAAGGAGACCUUCCCAAAUGAAGUAAAUUGUGGACCAUUCAACGGAAAACUCAAUUCAUUUUCACUUGACACAAAGACGAUGAAAAUGAAUCCAGAGUACAAAGAUGUGGAACUUCAACUGGAGUUUCUCAAUGCAGAGGAAAUUAAGAUGAAGAACAAACUCAUCGAAAUCAUUCGCGACCGCAAGAAAAGGAUCUACAGCAGUCUGAUGACAACAGUUGAGCAAUCAAUGCAGAAAUGCUAUGACGAUGCAAAAGGAAUUAGAGGAGCUAACUCAUUGAAUAACAUGAGAGAAAAGAUGAAGAAGCACGUUCAUGAUUCAAAAAACAUCAUGUUUAAGAAUGCUAGAAAGGUCAUGUUGAACCAGCUGAGAGACCCCCACUGGUUUGUAUAUUGAUGUUUUCUGAUUUUGCUUUUGCACUAAAACGGUGCUCGCCACACUUCACCCUUUACAUUAUUCAGUUGUUAGUGUCUAAAAUACAUAUAUUUUGUGAGUGAUACAGAUAUUUAUAAUAAUUUAGGAGUACAUCCUGAAGGACCUAAAAAAGACAAUGCAGGAAUCAAUCCAGCUGUGGCUCAAGACAGACGGUUACUCAAUCCCAGAUGUUACAAAGGAGCUUGAUACGGUGAAGAACCACUAUGAAGAACUGAAGGGAAGCGCAGAAGACGAUCAGCAGUUUGUUCGUCCGCCAAGCUGCUGAACAGCUGAUGAGCAGCUGAAGCGCCCGAACCCCUUGGAGACGUGAGGCCUCUGGAUUUGAUCUCCAUUUUUAUCAACUCAACUAUCAAAUCUUAUUACAAUUCUCUUUGAUGUGUACUUUUAAUUAGCUUGUGGUCAUAGACAUGCAUAGCAAUUUGAGAUUUUCUAUGUUCAUAGGGCAUUUUAGUUUUAAAAACGAUUAAAGUUUAGUGUGUGUGUGUGUGUGCGCGCGAGCGCGCAGGAUUUCACAUUGUGGUUUAAGACUACAACUCUCAGCCACCAGUCCACAUUACCAGUUUAAUGAUUUACAUUUUACUUCUUGACUAUAUAGCUUUAAUACUUAAGUUUUCUGUCCAAUUUUUAAUUGUAGUUUAGCAGUUGAUUGGUUUUGAAAUGAGAAUGAUUUUAUGGUUAUUUUAACAUACAUCCUGAACCUUGGUCUCAGCGUGUACUGUGUGUUUGAUUUUAGACUUUUUAAAGAUUUUUUCAUUCAUUUUAAAAGAUAAAACUUGCUUACUUCAAAAUAAUGUUUUCUAAAUGUGUCAAUUCAUGUAUCAAAAAUUGGAUGGAACUAGAUGAUUGUAAUCAACCA